AUGAAAGUAUUCCCCGGAAGUGAUAUAAGGAGAGGAGAGGUUAGUAGUGCGAGCAAAACUCAAAGAAGAAGAAGGUGAAAAUGGAGUUGGAAUCAGUGAAGAAAUUUUUAGAGAAAGGAGGAGAAACAGCCUCCAUGGUGAAUGAAUUUCCUCCAAAAUUCCUGGAAACCUUAAUCAUGAGUUCCCUUCGCGUCGAUCUCAUCGAGCCUGGCCGCGUCAUCUGCUCCAUGAUCAUACCUCCCCGUUUACUCAAUUCCGGAAAUUCCUUACACGGCGGCGCCACCGCUACACUGGUUGACAUUGUCGGCUCCGCCGCGAUUCCAGCCUCUGGACAUAUGGGUCUCACGGGAGUUUCCGUUGAGAUUAAUGUUACCUACUUGGAUGCUGCAUAUGCUGAUGAGGAGAUAGAAAUUGAAGCCAAGGUGUUGCGAUUAGGGAAAACCCUUGCUGUUAUCAGUGUGGAAUUCAGGAAGAAGAAAACCGGCAAGGUUUUUGCUCAGGGACGUCAUACCAAAUAUCUUCCUGUUGCGAGUAAAUUGUGAAAGACGCCCAUUGUAACCAAAUUUGUACUAUCGAUUGAAGUGUAAGCCUUUCAAAAGUGGUUAAGGAACUCUCACAAAUAUAUAAAUAUAUGCAUGCCACUUUCAGUUA